GCUCGCUUCUUCCCCAGCCCACACGCCCAAAGGGAUCCUUCUCGCGGAGACGGAAGUGAGGAAGCCUCGCAUGACACACAGCAACAAAGCACACACCUUCUCAGUUUCGCACAAGGGCGCCCCGGGGGCUCCCGCAGUCCGCCGCCUCCCGCUUCUCCUCUUGCGCUACGCCGGGACUCUUCGCCCCCAAGUCCGGAGAUGGGGAACAUGGCAUGCGUUCCCCAAGCGCCCGGCCGCUUCAGGUACUCUUUUUCCAGGAAACCCUCCUUCAAGAAAGAACAAGAGAGCAAGAAAAAACUGGCCGGGCUCUUUGGGUUUGAGGCGGAGCAGGAGCGAGAUGUGACUUCAGACAAAAUUCUCCAAUAUAUUCCUGCAAAGAAUUUUGCCAGCCAAGAGAAUGGAAAGGAAAAUUUUGACCAGCGGUUCCCCAGCCUAUUCAAGAAAGGACGGAGGAGAACGGUGGUCCGGAAUCUGGGAAAAAUAAUCCACUACUCCAAACUCAAAUUUAAGUUUCAGCACUGCCAGGAAGCAAGUGACUGCUACUUGGAGCUUUUUCAAGAAUUCCUGUAUUUUCAGUCCCUUGGCCCCAAUGGACACAAGUAUCAGGGUUUGGUCCCCCUGACAGAACUGCGGGUGGCCAAAGUUGAAAAUGAACACGGAAUUGAAGAAGAUCUCCACGCUUUUCAAAUUACAGGCCCGCUGCUCUCCCCCCUGACCAUCUACUGCCCCAGCCAGACGGAACUGAAGCACUGGCUCUACCACUUGGAGAAACAGAUCGAUUUAAAUGGAGGGCGCCCAGAUUUGCCCCCGGAGACUCAGAGGGUCUGGACGCAGGGCGCGCCGGGCAAGGAGCAGCUGCGGUGGUCGAUGCAAAACGCCCACGUGCAGGAAUGGAAGGGCACCCAGCGCAAGUCUCUGGGCGACAUCCUGUGUGUCUCCAAAGUGAAGUUACAGCAUUUACCUUUCCAGGAACAGCAUCAUCGUUUGUUGGUGCUCUAUCCUUCUACCCUGGUUAUCGUAUCUGAAGAACGCAAUGGCCUCUACUUCAAGGGAGAGUUGCCGUUGAAUGCCAUCCAAGUACAAUUUGAGGAAAACCAGAAGACUGCUUUUCUAAUAGAAGGCCGGCUGAUCAACUCCAUCCGGGUGAUUUGCUCCAGCUACGAAGAUUACCAAGAGUGGCUAUACUGUCUUAAAACUGCUCAGUUCCGCCACGCAGAUUCCUCCCUCUCUGGAUCGGACAGUUUCUCCAGGUUAAAGCCUUCUCACCUGGCGCAGUUUUCAGGAAGUGGAAGAGGGUCACUCACCUCAGAGGGCAGAACAAAUUCUUGGGCUUCUGCUGGGAAGGGGGCGACGUCUACCCACCACUCCCAAACCAGUACGGCUUCUCUGUCCGAGAGACAUAUGUUUGAUGUGGUACCCGAGAAUCGGUUAGCCGAAAACAAUCUGCCGCAACCAGCCUGCUGCUCAGGAAAGCAAGCCCCGGCAGGGACAGGAAUGCCGAAAGCCGAGCUGAAACGAAAAGGGAGUUCUCGAAAGUCCAAAGGGAAGGGCGUCCCGCCCCCACCGCAGCAGCCUCAGGGCCCCGGCGAGAACGCCGACAAGAAAAGCCCCUUCCCACUCGUCUCCAAGCACCCCCGUGGCGAGGGCGUCUCUCCCGUGUACAACGAGCCCUACUCGGCCCUGGCCCAACAGGAGCAUCCCGCCGUGCGCCCGCUGCACCUGGACUUGAACCAUCCGAAGCAGUGGAACGUGCCGAGGAGUCAGACCUGCCCUGCACCCCAAACGCUGGAAUACGCCUCUCUCUCGUCUUCCCCCAUGUAUGCCGACCCCUACACGCCCAACUCGCCCUCCACGCACGGGGCAGCAGCCUCCUACUUCCUGGGAGAGCUCGGGAGGUGUCACGGGCCGUCCCCUGUGGAGCCUCAGAACGGCUACCCAACCGUGCCAGUGUCUGUUCCCGUCUGCCAUCAUCCUCUGGGGUGGAAGAGCUUUCAACCGUCCUGUGGAGACCACUGGGGAGAACCCGUCCUGGCCCAGAGAGGCAAUGCCUCGGCCCCAGCCUUUCACUUUGCCACGCAGCCUGCACCAGACGUCAAUUAUUUGACCACAAGCACCUCUUCGGGAGACGGCCUCCGGACGCGUUCCUUGCCAACGUCAGAUGAAAACCUGCAGGCCUACAACCUGCCUGAAACAGGGGGGGAACAGCUGGACUCGACUUACCACGACUACGCCGAGCUGCAAAGCUUCCAUGAGGACUACAGCUAUGACAACAUCUGGGAGACAGAGGUGAAGAAGCCGCCCACCGUCCAGGAGAUCUACGAUUGCUAAGGGAGGCGUCCUUCCCCUGAAGCAGGAAGACUUGAGAACCGGGAAGAGAGGAAAUUUGACUCUUGUUUUUUAUACUGCAAACGUUGGAUGGUGGACUUCUGAAGGCCAGGAUCUGUCUAGCUACUUUGGGACCCCUUGUCCCAAAGUGGAGGAAUUCCUGUUCCUCCACUUCAGCUUGUGGUGCUAUGAAAAACGUCUGAGAAAAAGAAAUUCUGGACCUGGGAUUCUUCCAUCCACGAAGCGGUUGUUUAAUCGACGCAGAGAUGGAUCCUGAUCACGUGGUUGUUAUGAAGAAAGCUACCCUGUCUGGAUGGGGUCAGAAGCAGUCUGGACUUUGUAUGUGCCCUUGAUACUGCAAUUCACCCCGAAACUUUAAAAACAUUAUCUGCUAACCGUUACUCCGAGGGACAAAUGCAAAGCUGGUUUUUAAAAGCUGCCAUUCCAUCUUGAGACGGUUGAAGAACUGGACAAUCAAAAUGGAUUGGACCCUUCCUUGGAUUAGGAAUUUUGAGAUGGCUUGUGGCAACUGGCGUGCAAUUUCAAAAAAACAACCCCCCCCCUCAAAGCAAACAAGUAUAAGACAUCCUUCCCCGUUGCAAAAAAAAAAGGAGAUUUUUUUUGCUAGCUAAAACCACAGCUGUUAUGAAGGUUUGCAAAUAGAUGGGCGUUGCUGGCGAUUCUGACUCGGGAUAAAAUGAGGAUAGUCAAAUAUAAACUGCUCAACCAGUGUGGAGCACACAAACACGCGCAGGAACGACAGCCAGUUUUUACAUUCUGUACACUCAUUUUCCCAGCCAAUCCUCUGCCUUUUGGUGUGUGUCAUAAAAAAGGGGGCUUUGCACUCCUUCAGAUGGAGAAACAGUUCGCUUUGGGAAAGCUGGCCAGGGAUAUUUCCUGUGUGUCGAGUGUGCAACACAGCUUCUGGUUUUCCCAGGGCCUAACACUGCCUUUCUUGCUCUUGGGGGAUGGUAGCGUUCUCCUCUGCUGAUGGUUAUCCUUUUUUGAAACGCGUUGCUUUGUUGGUUUCCAUUUAAGUAGCAAUAAUAAUAAUAAGGCUGCUUGCCAACCAGCUUGAGAAGCAGCCAAAGGCUUGCGGUUGAGCAAAUGUGCCAGGAAAGUUGAUUGUAAGAAGAUCAGCGGAGAGAUGAAGAACUGGUUGAGGGUUUCAAGAAUUGGGAGUAGUGCAAAGUGAAGAUUCUCUAGGACCCACAUUAUUUUGUGUGCAUUAUGUUGUGUUUGUUAUUUAUUAUUCUUCGCUUUUAUAGCCCGCUGUUCCUUGAAGAAACCAAUUUUAUGGCGUCUUCCCCUCUUUCCUUCCUUCCUUCCUUCCUUCCUUCCUCUCUUCCUCCCUCUCUCUCCCUCCUUCCCUUCCCAUCAUUCUCCUUUCUUCCUUCCCCAUUUUUCUCCUUCCUUUCCUUCC